AACAGAUGACUUGUUGUUUGUAAUGUAAAGUUACUUAUUUUGUAUUUUAGUUUUAGGUUAUGUAGGAAGUUGUAGAUAUUUUGGAAGAUCGUAAAAUAAUUAUUUUAUUUCAAUUAGUAAAACGAUAAAACCAACAAAAAUAAACAAUGUCGAAAGAUAUCAUCAUUUUAACCCCCAAUGGAAGAAGACACAAAGUGCAUUGUACACCAGACACUAGCAUGUUACAGAUCUUAGAGGAUGCAUGUCAAAAACAAGGGUUCCAACCUUCAGACUACAACUUGAAGUUUCAUAAUCAGAUAAUGGAUUUAACAACAACCAUAAGAUUUUCUAAUGUGCCAAAUAGAGCUACACUUGAAAUGGUUGAGUGUGAAACAAGACGAGAGGAAUCAAUUGUCACAAUUGGUUUAAUGUUAGAAGAUGGUGAAAGAAGAACAGCUGAUUUUAAUCCAAACAUAGCAUUAUAUGAUAUGAUAAUGAAAUUAGCACCUAAUGAGUUUGGCUCAUUGCUAAAUCCAUGUAUUUUAUAUAUGCGCCAGGAAGUUGUCGGUGUUGAUGCUCUCAAACUAAAAUCAUUAAGACAUCUUGGUUUAAUAAAAGGCAAAGCCAUUCUGAGACUGCUAAAUAAGUUGGAAGAUGCUAGGCAAGCAAAUGUGUCUGCCGUAUAUCGUUGCCCAAUAUCUGAAAAUAAAAAUUCGGAAAAUAAAAAUAAAGGAAGUGACAUACAAUUAGAGAAGAACACACCUGAUGAAUCCAUUUCAUUGCCAGGACCCUCUGUUCCCAUUAAUUUCUUGUCAGAACCAACGGCAAAGACUCUUAAAAUUGUCAAAGAACAACAGCAACAUAUAGCUGAAGUCAGCAAAACAGAAAGAAACAAUCUCGAUAAAAAUGUUGUAAAUGAUGAAAUUCAACAAGAGACUCAGAAUAUGCUAGAAAUAGACUCCGAUAGAAGAAAUAUUUCUUCAUCUCUAUCACAAGAAUUUCUAGAAAGGAGACUUAAAAUUGAAGAAGAAGUAAAUUUUUUGGGUACACAAAAAGCUAUUGUAUUCACACAACCAGAAAUCAUAGAAAAUGAUUUAGAAGAUCUUCCUGACGAUUUCUAUGAAUUGACCAUUGAGGAAGUACGUAAAUUAUACAAAGAUUUACAGCAACAGCGAUUAAAGUUAGAAAACACCCCAUUAAUGACGUCCACAAAACGAGAGGAGGUUGAGAAAGAGACUUCGGAAACAGUCAAAUUAAACAAAUAUAAGAAUGCCGUUGUUAGAAUUCAAUUUCCCGAUCAUAUGAUUCUACAAGGUAUUUUCGCUCCUACUGACACAAUCGAGGAUGUCACAAAUUUUCUGAAGGAACAUUUAGCGCAUCCUGAAAAACCAUUUCAUAUCUUUACAACACCUCUAAAAGAAACAUUAGAACCAAAGAUGACUUUGCUUGAAGCCAGGUUUGUGCCAUGUGUGCAUAUGCAUUUCAAAUGGUUGGAAGAGAGUCCAGAUUCCUUAUACUUGAAAAAAGAAAUAUAUUCCAACACUACUACUAGUGAUGCUGCUAGUAUUUUAGCUUCAAAAUAUCGGGCUCCGAGUAGGAGAAAGUUGGAAGAAAUACACAACUCGCACACGAACUCCCCAACUACAUCGAAAAGCAGUAAAGUUCCGAAAUGGUUCAAGAAUUAAAUAACUGUAUCAGGUAGAAGCAUCUCGCU